CAUUACUUUUUGAAUAGUAUACUCUUAUCAUAAUGUUCACAUAUAUUUGUUAUCUUUGGAUUUUUAGCUUAGUUGUUAGAUGUUUGUAGGGCUCGGCAACUGACCGUUUACCUGGAGUAGUAAAAUCGUGGACCUGCAGAGCCAGACAAAGAGAAUCAGUUUGAAUGAAAUGUCAGCGCUUGGAGUUUCACAUUAUGUUAUCGCCGUUUUUAUUUCUGGAGUCUUUGACAAAGCUCUAACAGCAGUGAUCCAAACACAGCAGACUGUGCUGGCAGCAGUGGGAGAAGAUGCUGAAUUCAGCUGUCAGCUCUUGGAGACUAAAGACGUCCUUCAGGUCACAUGGCAGAAAAUCUCACCUGCUGUGGAGGCGAAUGUUGCCACCUACAACAAGUACUUUGGUCAGAGAGUGAAUGCUGGAUUUACAGAUAAAUUUGAGUUUAAACAUACUGGACUUAAGAACUGCUCCAUAGUCAUCAGGAAUGUGACGGAGCAGGAUGAAGGCUGCUAUCACUGUCUGUUUAACACUUAUCCUGAAGGCUCCUUCACUGGUAAACCCUGCCUCCAAGUCUAUGAGCUGCAUGAACCUGUUCUUGAUGUCAGAGAGUCAAACUCUCCUGCAGAGUGGGUUGUUUCCUGUUCAGCCACUGGUCGACCUGCUCCCACUGUGACACUCAGUGUCUCACAACAGCACCUCAGCUUCUCCCAGUACAACACUGUCAGUGUGUCCAACACCAACGCUACAUUCACUGUCACCACUACAGCUGUGCUCUCAGGUUCACGGAGAAACAGCACACAGGUGGGAUGUGCAGCACGAGUGCUCUCUGCUCCUCAGAUAGAGGUCAUUCAGGUCAUUCCUGAGGAUGACGGUUUGUCUGGGAAACCAGGAUCUAAUCCCAGAAGUUUAGGAAUCAGGAUUUCAGUCAUUUUGUCUUCUAUGUUGUCUGUCUGUGUUGCUGCGCUCAUCUUUGUCAGGCACAGACAGAAAUCUCAGAGCAGUCUGACUCACAGGGAGCUCCAGAUGAAUGAUAUGUGACACUAGAAACACUUAGGAGACUAAAACACCUUCAACCGAACGAGGUGACAAUCAUUUCAAAAGCAGACACCUCCUCAGAGACAUCAACCACACCAUGACCCACAAUUUUCACCUUCACCAGCAACAAAACUCAUUUUUGUCCAACGUUGGCUUCUUUUUUUUUUUUUUCAAGUGCCUUUCCUGAACAAAAUGGUGCUAAAA